ACGCGACAUAAAUUUAAACAGAAUAAAAAGCAUUUGGAAAUUUUUCGAAAUAUGCUAACAAAAUCCACUCACUAGAAACGUCAAAGUGAACGAACUGUCACGCACAUUACAUUUCGUCGGCUGUUUCUGCAAGUAAGCGUCGUACUUAACAAAGAAUUUGCACUAAAUUUGUUAAUUCAAUAUCGUUUAAUUCACUUGUUAACACAAACAAACAAAAUGGAAGUUGAUGAUGAAGAAGUUCCCUCAUCUAGCAGUAAAGGCGAGAAAAAAAGAUUCGAGGUGAAAAAAUGGAAUGCGGUUGCUUUGUGGGCCUGGGACAUUGUCGUAGAUAAUUGUGCCAUCUGCCGUAAUCACAUAAUGGACUUGUGCAUCGAAUGCCAGGCUAACCAGGCAUCUGCAACCAGCGAGGAGUGUACCGUAGCAUGGGGUGUCUGCAAUCACGCGUUUCAUUUUCAUUGCAUAUCGCGUUGGUUGAAAACUCGUCAGGUUUGUCCACUUGAUAACAGAGAGUGGGACUUCCAGAAAUAUGGCCACUAAACUUUUAUUCCGCAUUACAAGCACCUCAAAAUAAUAAAAAAAUAAAAAAAAAACAUCUAUAAUCUUAAAUAUUUUCAUACGGUAAUCUAUUUUGCUUGUUUUGUUAAGCAUACUACAAAAUACAUAAUUAGUUUGAAGUUAUAUUAAGUAAAACCUUUGAAAUAAUUAAAUUUAGAAUACAUAAUGUGAAGACUUAACUCAAUACUUUCGUUAUAUUUAAAACAAAAUAUAUAAGUUCAAAUGGAACGCAACUAA